AUGUGGUACUCGCGACAGAACACGGGCUUCGCAGGCGGAACACAUCUUUUUACACAAUUAUUCUCAUUUUUCGGUCUAUUCCAUAAUAAAAUAUUACCAUUGGCGUUUGUCUUUUUUAAUGGAAAAUCGAAAAAAAAAUACUCAAAAUUAUUACGUUGUCUGAAAGAUAAAGCAUUCGCGUUAAUGUUAUUUGCACCCGAUAAAAUAGUGCUCGAUUUUGAAACUGGUCUAGUACCAGCGAUUCAAGACGAGUUUCCAUUAUCGGAGAUAAUAGGAUGUAAUUUCCAUUUCAAUCAGGCCUUAUAUCGUAAUCUUCAAAAUCUCGGUUUGCAACAAGAGUAUGUGGAUGAUGAAGCUGUUCGAAAAUAUUUUCGUAUGAUAUCAGGCAUCCCAUUUCUACCAACACAUUUAGUACAAUCGACCUAUGAUGAAGUAGUUGAUUCGACACCAUUACGUAUGCGACAUAAAAUGCAACCGUUUUAUCAUUAUUUUUCAAACACGUGGUUAAAUGGACAGUAUGCUAUUGAAUUGUCACGUCUACUACAAACACAACCGACUGUAUGGAGAUUGAUUGAAACACUUCAAGCACAAUACGUUUUAGUUCAACAUGAUAUUGAACGUUUACGUGCCGGAACAUAUAAAGGUCGAAAAAAUUUAAAAUAUCAAAAACUGAACAGAACAGGACAACGUAUAACGGAUAAUUUUAAUCUAGGUCUAACUCAACCGUUAGAUUUUGUUUUAGCAAUUGGAAGAUGUUUUGCUGCUGCUAAACGUGCUUAA